GUUUAGGAUCUGCGCCCCUUCCAUCGUAUCGUCAAGUGAGUCACCGUCUGAAUCGAUUUAAAAGGGGAUAUAGCAUCACUUAUAGUCGGUCCUCAGUCCUAAGUUCACAUUCACCAACAAUUCUUCAGAACCACUAGAACCGAUAUACGAACCCAUUCACAUACGUAAAUAAUGAGUGGAAUACCACCCCAGGAGGAUUUACCAUCCCAGCACAUAAGCGAUGUAAGGGAUGAAAGCACAAGCAGCAAACCAUUCAGAUUUCUAGACCUACCCCUCGAGCUGCGCAACGAGAUCUACACUCACCUUUUCGUGCAACCCGAGCCCAUCUCAUGCUUCCGAACAUGGUUCACCACAGCACCACGCCAUCUCCGCCGUCUAGCCAAGGAAAAAGCCCCGGACUGCUGCGGGAAAAACUACGCAUGCACGCACUACGACGUGCGGCUCCGCCCGCGCACCAGCCUCCUCCGCGUCUGUCGACAGGUCAGCGAGGAGGCUCUCGAUGUCCUGUAUGGCCGCAACGCGUUCCGCGUGGAUCUCGAGAGCACGGCGCGGUUCCUGAAGUUCUUCACGGUGGGAGAGCGCAAUCUCCGCAGGGUCAGGGACUUGAUGCUUUGCGCGUUCACGGAGUUUUACUCGUACUGUAUCGCGCGCCCCGGCGAGUUGCAGUGGGAGUUCUUCCGGCCGGCGGCGAAGGAGGCGAGGUUUUGGAAGGCGUUGUUGCAGGGCUUGCGCUCGCUGCUGUUCGUGAUGAAGAUCCCGAUUUGGGGACACCACGGCGCGUGGCCGGUUUGGGUGGGCCAGUUGGAGGGCGUGUUGGGGUUUGUGGGGGAGAAUGUGGAUGAGGCGACCGUGGUUACGGUUGAUGAUAAUUAUUCGAUGUUUCUGUGCGAGGCGGUGGAUAGGUGUUUUAAGAAGGGGCUGAAGAGGGUGAGGUCGCUUGAGGGCGAUAGGUAUUAUUAUAAGACUCGGUUCGAUCCGGAGAAUAUUACGGAGCCGUUGACUUCUAACUAGUUAGUGAGGGGGUUGGGAUAGGGGUACGUGUAGAACGAGUAGUCGAUUCCGCGUUUGUUAUUGGGGCGUUGUUGAUUCUUGGCGCAUUCGCAUUCUUC